AUGGAGUCAACCGGUUCGUGCAGCCGCUCCACCGCGCCUUCCGCCGACCCCUCGCUGGCCAUCCGUGACGACGGCAAGAAGGUAGCCGUAGCGCAGCAGAAGAGCCCAGCAUCAUCGCGUUCGUCGCGAUCGGCUUCCCCCGAGUUCAAGUGCAAGUACUGCCCGCGCACGUUCCCGAGCGCGCGGGCGCUGGGCGGGCACCAGAAGGCGCACAGGAACCUGCACCAGGUCAGCCAGAUCCCGAUCCAGAAGGAGCACCGUCGUCUCGCUCCGGCUUGGUCGCAGCCACAGGUGCGCGUCUCGUCGUCUUACUUUGUCGCACGUCCCAGAAGCGCUUACUUCAACUUCCACUUGCAGCUGUUCGACUCGUAUCGCACGCCCAUGCACAACUUCACCGGAACCGCCGGCCUUGCUCCCGCUCAACCGUCAUCAGCGGCUACUGGAGGUGGAGGUCAUGUUGGAGGUAGCAGUCAUGUUGGAAUCUCGCGACAAGUGAAUCAGAUGGAGACUGCCCAGUACUUCUCUUGGCUCCUCUCAAGCGCCACUCCUUCGUUCAUAUGGCAAACGCAAACGGGCGGCGGCACCAGCGGCCAGCCUUCCUUUGUCGUCCCAGCACCGGUGGCAGAAGGCAAUGGUGGGACUGGAGAUAGGGUUCAUAUUGAACGCCAGCAGGACAUGCCUGAAGUGAAUCUGCAGGAGGAGACUACCGAUGAGAAUGGGAUUGACCUAACCCUAAGGCUCUAG